GGACCAUGAAGGCAGCUGCGACUAUCGGCCGGUGCGGUGCCCCCACAAUCCCAGCCGCCCUCCCCUUCUCAAGAUGAACCUGGAGGCCCACCUCAAGGAGUGCGAGCACAUCAAGUGCCCCCAUUCCAAAUACGGGUGCAUGUUCAUCGGGAACCAGGACACGUACGAGACCCACCUGGAGAUGUGCAAGUUUGAGGGCCUGAAGGAGUUCCUCCAGCAGACGGACGACCGCUUCCAUGAGAUGCAGGUGGCCAUGGCCCAGAAGGACCAGGAGAUCGCCUUCCUCCGCUCAAUGCUGGGCAAGCUCUCGGAGAAGAUUGACCAGCUGGAGAAGAACCUGGAGAUGAAGUUUGGUGACAGUGUUCCCUCUAAGCUGAGUGAGUCUGUCGUGGGCCUAACCUCCUCCGCGAUGUUGUCUUUUCAGGACGAGUUGUCCCACAUCAACGCCCGGCUGAACAUGGGGAUCUUGGGCUCCUAUGAUCCCCAGCAGAUCUUUAAGUGCAAGGGCACCUUUGUCGGUCACCAGGGCCCUGUCUGGUGCCUCUGCGUCUACUCCAUCGGGGACCUGCUCUUCAGCGGCUCUUCUGACAAAACCAUCAAGGUGUGGGAUACCUGUACCACGUACAAGUGCCAAAAGACCUUGGAAGGCCACGACGGGAUUGUCCUGGCGCUCUGCAUCCAGGGGAACAAGCUGUACAGCGGCUCUGCGGACUGCACCAUCAUCGUCUGGGACAUUCAAAACUUGCAGAAGGUGAACACCAUCCGCGCCCACGACAACCCAGUGUGCACACUGGUCUCCUCACACAACAUGCUGUUCAGCGGCUCCCUGAAAGGGGUCCAGGUCUGGGAUAUCGUGGGCACGGAGCUGAAGCUGAAGAAGGAGCUGACAGGCCUUAACCACUGGGUCCGGGCGCUCGUGGCGUCCCAGAAUUACCUGUACAGCGGGUCCUACCAAACCAUCAAGAUCUGGGACAUCCGGAACCUGGAGUGCGUGCACGUCCUGCAGACCUCGGGUGGGAGCGUCUACUCCAUCGCGGUCACCAACCACCACAUCGUCUGCGGCACCUAUGAGAAUCUCAUUCACGUGUGGGACAUCGAAUCCAAGGAGCAGGUGCGCACGCUGACGGGACACGUGGGCACCGUGUACGCCCUGGCCGUCAUCUCCACGCCUGACCAAACCAAAGUCUUCAGCGCUUCGUACGACCGAUCCCUGCGGGUGUGGAGCAUGGACAACAUGAUCUGCACCCAAACACUCCUGCGCCACCAGGGCAGCGUCACAGCACUGGCCGUCUCCAGGGGGCGCUUGUUCUCGGGCGCCGUUGACAGCACAGUUAAGGUCUGGACAUGCUAGCGGACACCUCCGCCGCCGAGAUGCUGGACUACCAAAUACUCCCCUGGCUCUCACUCGACACCCUCCCUUGCUUAUCUCUGAAGCCACCCGCCACCCGAGAGCCAGUGCCGCAGCGCCUCACAUACCUCAGAAGGCUGCCCCUGUGCCACACACUCGGCCCCAUGGUGGCGCGGCAGGACGGUUUUCGUCUCCGGCCGCCAGCGUCCCGGCUGUGGUUGCGGACUCCCGAGUGUCUCAACGUUGUCAGCGGGAACCAAUGGGUCGAACGGGGGUCGGAACAGGCAGCUCAAACACCGCCAAUGCACCUUGCAGACUUGACGUACCGGAGCCAGACUCGGUCUCCAGCCCCCUCCUCUUUUUAUUUAUCCGCCAGCUCCUUCCCGUUGUGCCCGCUGCUGAGACGGGAGACCAGUCUCUCCCCUGUACACGCCUCACGUUAACCAGGUACGAUUCCUCUGCCACAUCAGGUACCGCGAGCCUCUCUGCUCACCGAAUCAUGUCACGGCGGCCCCCCUCCCCCCGGCAUAAAGAGGGGGAGGGGAAGCUCCCCGUUUGUGUUUGUAACGACAUUUUCUACUGUUUUUAAAAUUGUGAUAUAGAUCUGGACUUCCCCCUCCCGUUCCUUGACAAUAAAAA